GUGAGUUGUUGAACUGGGAUGAUCUUUAGAAGAUGAAGUACUCAUGGAACGUGGCACAGGAAGUGUUGAGUGUGGCACCACCACUUCAAGGAGCUUUUAGGGAAGCGUUGCAAGACUUCGUCUUCAAUGGCUUCACCAUCCCUAAAGGCUGGAAAUUGUAUUGGAGCGCAAACUCGACCCACAAGAGUGCGGCUUACUUCCCCGAACCCCAGAAGUUCGACCCUACAAGAUUCGAAGGAAACGGACCUGCCCCAUACACGUUUGUUCCCUUUGGAGGAGGCCCGAGAAUGUGCCCCAGAAAAGAGUACGCCCGAUUGGAAAUUCUUGUUUUCAUGCAUAACCUAGUCAAGAGGUUCAAGUGGGAGGCGAUUAUUCCCGAUGAGAAGAUCGUGGUCGACCCGUUGCCCAUGCCCGCCAAGGGACUUCCCAUCCGCCUUUUCCCUCACAAAAAGGCUUAAUUAAUUACCGACCUGCUAGUUUACUUAUACACCAGACGAUCGAAGUACCAGUUCACGUCAAGGCUUUGUUAAUCUUCUUCUUUUUCGUUUUGGGUUAAUUAUUGUAUUUGUUGUUCAUGUUUUGUUUUAAAUUUAUGGCAUCUGCGUGCUAGUGUAACCAAUUCAAUCUGAACUUGUGUUAGUACGUGCUAUGCACUUGACGUUUUAAAGACAUAAAAAUGUAUAAUGGAUCAGAAAUUACGAAUAAACAUAUAUAUUUAUUGUUAACGCACCUA